UCGCCCUCCCAACUUGGGAGAUGAGGAGGGAGAGCCACGUCCCUGGGGCGGGAGCCGCGGCCUCUGAAGUUCGGCUGCAGUGAUUAGUAAAAAGAAAAUAAAGUUUAAAAGGGAGGCAGGGAGCUGGGGCGAUAGUUGGCCUAAAAGCCACCGGCCGCUGCACAGUGCUGCUUUAACCCCAGCCUUGUGAUUGCCACUACCGCCGUGAGCAGCACACUUAGGCAGAAAUUAGCUUGGGUUUCCUUUGUGGCUUCCCGUCAACUUCCAAGUUAUGCUGCUGAUGAUGCCUGGAGCCAGCGCCGAGGACUGCGGGGAGGGGGAGUACUUACACGAAGGCUGCUGCUGCGUAUCUUGUCCAGCUGGUACUUUUGUUGCUCAGCACUGUAGUGCCCCGCAUUUGAGAGGAAGAUGUGACCCUUGCGUCGAAGGGGAGAGUUAUACUGCCCAUGAGAACGGCUUGGAAGGAUGCUUGUCAUGCAGACAGUGCAAAGAUGAUCAGAUAACUUUGAGACCCUGUACUCCGACACACGAUACUGAAUGCCAGUGCAAACAAGGGUAUUUCUGCCCUGCUGAGGGCUGUGAAAUAUGUCAGAGAUGCAGUACAAUGUGUCCGGAAGGAAAAGAGAUUGUGCAGAACUGCAAUGCUACUAUGGACCUAGGAUGUGGCCUACCUGAUCAAGGAAGCCCAGCUUUUGCUUAUAUUAUGGUGAUUACUGGGAUUAUUGUGGUGGUGGCGGCUGUUUCGGUGCUGUUGGUUAGAUUUAGAAACCUGAAGAGUGAUAAAGCUGCUUCAGUUGAAGGUGCAGAGAAAGGUCUGGAGUUUGAGGGCAGUACUAGAAGCCUCAUUUUACCAGAAGUGGAGACACCUGCAACUAACACAGCCAGCCCUGAGAGUGGGAACUCCGGUGAGAGCCCAGAGGGCCAAGUGCAAACCAGUGUCAGCUUGGAAGUAGAAAAUACAUUACCGGAGGAAAACAGCAUUGUGCUUUCUGAGCGGGGCACUGUCCCGCGAAGGGGCUGGAGACGAUACCGCAUGGAAAGGUGCUGGAGGAGGAUCGUUAACUCUUCACUACCAGCAAAAAUUGGGCAGACUCUUGCUUUUCAUCAGAAUGACCCACCUCGUGUACCAAGUGGUAGCAUGCCAGUAAAUUGUAUGGUACAAGAACCAAAGUGUCAAAUAAUUGUUAACGAUCUCUCUCAGAAAGAACUGAGAGAUACGUUUUUGGUCUUUAUCAAUGCAGUACCACCAAAUAAAUGGAAGCAGUUUAUGAGAGGUUAUCUGCAGGAAAACGAUAUUGAUAAAAUUAUUUGUGACUUUCCUAGUGACAGUGAAGAGCAAUGCUAUCAGAUGCUUCUGGCCUGGAAAAACAAACUGGGAAUGAAACAAUGUAUUGUUAAAUUACUGGAUGAGUUAAAUUAUGUAGAUGCUGAGGCUUAUGAUAAGGUCUUGAACACUUUGAAAAUGAAUAACAUUAUAAGUAUGUCAGAAGCCACGGAUUAACAUUUACGACGAACUUCACAA